GAGACUGAUGUGGAACAGAGGAAGUUCAACUUUCCUCAUUCCAAUCCUUCCUUAUCUUCCUCAUGGGAACCCUUUUUCCUCCAAACUCACUCUCUCCACUCCUCAACAUCAAAUCUUCACUUUCUCUCCAACCCAAAUCAAACUCUCUCUUUUCCUGCAAACCCAUUGUUUCCAAUCUAAAAAAGAAUCAAACUUUAUCACUCAAACCACUAUCCCUUCCUUCAUCCACAACAUGGUUCACUUAUGCUCAACAGGGUCUUGCAGCUUUAGCUAUUACGUUAGCACUUAACUUUAGCCCAAUUCUGCAUAGUGGCAAUGCAUUGGCUUCUGAAUUUGAUGUGCUUAAUGAGGGUCCACCUAAGGAAUCUUAUGUGGUUGAUGAUGCUGGAGUUCUUAGUAGAGUUACUAAGUCUGAUUUAAAACGGUUGUUGUCUGAUUUGGAAUCAAGGAAGAACUUUCACAUCAAUUUUAUUACACUUAGAAAACUCACGAGUAAAGCCGAUGCCUUUGAGUAUGCUGACCAAAUUUUGGAGCGUUGGUAUCCUUCUGUGGAAGAGGGCAAUGAUAAGGGUGUUGUGGUUCUUGUAACAAGUCAGAAAGAAGGAGCAGUUACUGGUGGACCUGCUUUUAUCCAAGCCAUAGGAGAAAAUAUCCUUGAUGCUACCGUGUCGGAGAACCUUCCAGUAUUGGCUACGGAUGAGAAGUACAACGAAGCAAUUUAUAGCACAGCUAAACGACUAGUUGCUGCCAUUGACGGGCUUCCAGAUCCUGGUGGCCCCACAGUUAAAGACGAUAAGCGUGAGUCUAACUUCAAAACCAAGGAAGAGACAGAUGAGAAACGCGGACAAUUCUCUCUUGUAGUCGGAGGUUUGUUGGUUGUUGCGUUCGUGGUUCCUAUGUUACAAUACUUUGCUUAUGUAGCCAAAAAGUAAAGGAACGGUAUUAUACAACUAGAUCUGUCUUCCAAAUUAUCACUAUUUAAAUUCAGAUGUAUAAUCUGCAGUUGUAACCUUGCUCAUGUUACAAUUGAGUUUGAGAAAGCUGACAAAUAAGAUCAGAUUUUUUUGGCUUGUAAAUGUAAUUCCAAAAUAUGUAUGUUGGACUAUUUUUAUAUGCCAAAUUUUAUGUACUCGAUUCCGACAUUUAUCGAUUGUCGGAACAAGGGUUUAUGA